AUGGGAGCUUUACUGAGUUGUUUCCGCCAUUCUCAAUACAAACAACUUGAUGAAAAUAAGGCUAAUGACCCAGAUGAUAAUAUGGACCUUGGAAUUCCAACAGAUGCAGAGUUCAUGGCCGCAAUUCAAGCAAAAGACGAUGAGGAUGCAAUCCAACUUAGUGAUCAAGAAAUAGCAAUGUACUUAGAAAAUCUUAAAUCUCAACCAUAA